CGGCGUCGUACGGCGUCGGGACGCGCGUUUUAAAAUCCCUUCAACUUAGCCGAUCUCGGGAAGACGCCUGGCACCGGUUGGUUGAUGGCAUCCCGGCAACGACAACGACCCGGCCAUUCAUCACGGACAUUCUUGCCCGACCAGUAUGAACAGCUCACCGCAAAACUCGAACAGCGCCGGCACCGGGCAGCGGCGAACACCUGGCGUCGACAACAGCGACGAGGAGGAAUGGAGCGGCGUCGUCGAAUGUGCUGUCCUUGAGAGAACCAAGUCCGAUAGAACUGCGCGCGCUGAUGAGGACAGACGUCGCCGGACGAUUAUCGUUGAAAAAAAGAACGGCACAUACGGCUUCACGUUACAGAGCUAUGGAAUACACUACAAGAGAGAGCAGGAGAUAGAGAUGGUGACGUAUGUGGAUUACGUGGAGUACGAUGGGCCAGCUUUUAAGGCAGGUAUGCGAGAGGGUGACGUGAUACUCUCUAUUAACGGCCACGAGAUGGACAGAGCCGAUCACAAAACCCUAGUGAAUUUUAUCAAAAACUGUGAUACCAGAAUGCGAAUGGUCGUGUCCUUCGAAGAUUGCGUUAGAAAGGUGGAACUACACAUGCGUUACAUCGAGUUGCAACGCGCUCUCCAGUCCCGUCUGGGCGAGCUGGAGAGAUUGUGCGAGAGAGAGCGGUCCAUUCUAAUGGGCCGGUGGAAGACUCAUUCACUGCCAGCGCGCAAGAGAACGCCUAACAGCAUCGCCGGCACUAACCCCGGUCAUCCAUCGCCCUCUUCUAGCUUUAACUCUUCCACGAUCCAAUGCUGCCGGCCAGCAACCUCUACCGAACACCUUUUGCUUUAUAACGUGUUUGCGGAUGGACGACCUUGUCUCAUUCCACGUAGCGCCGCUUGUCUGGUAACAGUCGGACCGCCACGUUCGCGCAGCGAUCAUCAUCACUUCCUUUCCAAAAUGUCAAGCGAAUCCGCGGUGACCACGGUCUCCUCGCGUCACAGUUAUCAUCAAGCAAACGGCAUGACCGGAACACCUGUGAAGAGCAAGUCCCACAAACAGACCUGCCAGCAGCAACAACAACAGCAGCAGCAACAGCAAUCGUCUGUCGCUAGUGAAGGACCUUCGUUACACUCGGCACCUCAGAAUAGUCUUUGUGUCGCUUGCAUAUCCAGCGCGAAUCGUCGCCGGGAACAAUCCGACAGUGGUAGUCUUGACGCUUAUGAUCUCGCCAGUCCCUGCUGCGAUCCGAAUUGCGUGCCUAGUCGCCGACGUCGCGAGAAGCAACGACGCGCUCGGAACGAACAGACUCUUCAUCAGCAGCAACAGCAACAACAGCAGCAACAGAUCAGCAUGCAGCAUCAUCACGCGCAAGGACAACGCGAUCAACAACAACAGCAGCAGCAAUCUGCCCACAAUUGUCCUCGCACAUCAGGUCAUAGUCUUCAUUCAAUUACUAGUAGCGACAUUUCAACGACGGCUGACAGCGUCGCCUCUUGCUCCACCAGCCUCAGUACCGAUACUCUGUACUGGGAUCCAAGCGUGCAUCAGCGACCACCGCCGUGCCUUCAAUAUGCCAAGCCUAAGUCUUGGGACAAUCUGACUACCAAGGCUUUCGGAGGUUACGGCUUCGGUUAUGGUUAUCUGGACACCGCGACCAUCAAGACUCACAGCGCGGAACGUCCUGGUAAAGGGUCUCAUAGCGGCGUUGGCAGUGGCAGAUCGAAAACGCUAAUCGGCACCGUGCAACGAAAGACCAGCACCAGUGGCAGCACCGCGUAUUCGACAGUGACGAGCUCGACGGUCAGUCGGCACUUCCAACCGACCAAGUCGACAGAAAGUUUGCUGAUCCCGCCGGGACCAUAUCAGGGCGACUUAGAUCAGGCCAGUCUGAGCUGCGAGUGCCUUGAUGGCGGCGGCGGCGGCGGUGGCGGACCCGGCUCGCGAUUCGUUCAGCUGGAGAAGCACAAACGUGCCGACGAGGCAGCGGGAUAUGUUCAGUCAACCCACGCGCAAGUUAGCAGGCAUCGACGGUCUAGUCAUUCCGACGGGAAAUUACGGGCUAUCAAUAAUUCCGAAGUCACGCGAUUGUAAUAAUAUUCUUUAAAUACACAUUAUAUCGAGCUAAUAAAGUGUCGACGUAUAUAUAAA